AUGGUUGGGAGUGAGUUUAUAGGGAAGGAUCAUGUUGGGAGUGAGUUUAUAGGGAAGGAUCAUGUUGGGAGUGAGUUUAUAGGGAAGGAUCAUGUUGGGAGUGAGUUUAUAGGGAAGGAUCAUGUUGGGAUUGAGUUUAUAGGGAAGGAUCAUGUUGGGAGUGAGUUUAUAGGGAAGGAUCAUGUUGGGAGUGAGUUUAUAGGGAAGGAUCAUGUUGGGAGUGAGUUUAUAGGGAAGGAUCAUGUUGGGAGUGAGUUUAUAGGGAAGGAUCAUGUUGGGAGUGAGUUUACAGGGAAGGAUCAUGUUGGGAGUGAGUUUACAGGGAAGGAUCAUGUUGGGAGUGAGUUUACAGGGAAGGAUCAUGUUGGGAGUGAGUUUACAGGGAAGGAUCAUGUUGGGAGUGAGUUUACAGGGAAGGAUCAUGUUGGGAGUGAGUUUACAGGGAAGGAUCAUGUUGGGAGUGAGUUUACAGGGAAGGAUCAUGUUGGGAGUGAGUUUACAGGGAAGGAUCAUGUUGGGAGUGAGUUUACAGGGAAGGAUCAUGUUGGGAGUGAGUUUACAGGGAAGGAUCAUGUUGGGAGUGAGUUUACAGGGAAGGAUCAUGUUGGGAGUGAGUUUACAGGGAAGGAUCAUGUUGGGAGUGAGUUUACAGGGAAGGAUCAUGUUAGGAGUGAGUUUACAGGGAAGGAUCAUGUUGGGAGUGAGUUUACAGGGAAGGAUCAUGUUGGGAGUGAGUUUAAUACUUGA